CCAAUCAGAUACACCGCUCUAAURUUUCUUCGUAGUUUCUUCGAAGAUGCGAAGAAGAGGUUGUAUUAAUCUUAACACAGUCGAAGUUKAAGCGAAAUAAUGUCUGGAGCACCAAGUCCAAUGUCUUCCUCGAAUUAUUCGAGCAUUUCUGACAGUGAUACUUCAAAUGACAGUGGUGUGGACUCAAUGUCUGCUGGAAGUUUACCUCCAGAUUACAUGGAUAUAGAUGAAUUUCUGAUUGCCACUGGAGUGAAGCAUUUUGAUUCUACAAGCCAAAAUAACUUGGUUCAAAGUUUUGUUUCUCAAGGGGAAAACUUAACACAAAAAAGUAACAUAAAGAAAACUGAGAAGACAUUAAGCAGUACAAGAGCAAAACAAAAAAGUCAGUCAAAAGUURAUGAACAUGAACAUGAAAGUAUAAUGGCAAAAAAACCAAAAAGCCCCACCAAAAAACGACAUUCUGACUAUUCAUACAAAUAUAAUCCAUUACCAAUGGGCAAGAAAGCCAAACGCUCAUUCGUAUCAGAUGACAAUAAGGAUGACAAAUACUGGAAGCGACGAAUUCGGAACAAUGAGGCCGCAAGACGGUCUAGGGACAUGAGAAGACAAAGAGAAAUUGAAAUAUCUGAAAAAUGGAAACAACUUGAAAAGGAAAAUGAACGUUUGAAGAAAGAAGUUCAGAAGUUGAAAGAAAAAGCAACUGAACUUGAAAAACAGUUGCUGGAAAAACACUCAUAGUUGUAGUUGCUGGCAGGAAUCAAUGUAAAUAUCACUACAAUCAGUUUAUAAUCUUUAUCAUGAGAGGAAAGUUGGUUUACUAAGUGUUUCACRUGCACUGAUAGGAAACAAGAAGAAUUAGUAAAAGAUACAAUGUGUAUUUGAUUAUGCGUAGCAUGAUUGGCAUAAUAUCACAUCAUUUUCGUCAGAUGUAAUUGGUAUUUUUCUUAAUUCUUCAAGACCUAAGGCGGUAUUUUGUUUAAUAAUGCAUCUACAAAAAAAAAAAAAAACCAGUUUGGUUAUCAUUCAAACCAUUUAUGCAAUAGUCCCUUUCACAGUUCCAUGUACCAUCUUCAAAGGUAGUCGUGCCUUUGCAAGAAAUUGAGUCAAUUAGAAACAGUAGAUGUGUUAUUAUCGGUUCUUAUUGUCUUAGAAAAUUUAAAAAAGCAUGUAUUGUCAAWGAGAUAUUGCUAAAAGAUUUCAUGAAAAUGAAGGAAUUGGGUGCAUAAUAGACUUCCUUACAGACAGUAGAGAUCAAUCUUUUUUUAUGUAAUACAGUUCAGAUAAAGUACAGAUAAAAGUACAGAUAAAAUGUUUCUGUGAAAGAUCUGUAGAAUUUGAACCUAUGUCUUGGUGCAUGCUUUCAUCCAUGGUUGUUUGUAUCAUGUUAAUUUUAAAAUAGGGAAACUUCUGAGUAUAAAAGUCCAUAUAUAUGAAUCCUGAAAAUCAUUUUACAAAAUAAUUUAAAAGUGGUUUACUAACGACAGUUGUUAUUUAAAAGUAAAAAAUCAAGCAGUUAUCAAACAUAUCACUUCYGAAAACACCCAGACAUUUAUUUGAGGUCCAGGUGUUUAUUCAAAACCACUAUAAAUAGGUCAAUAUAUACAAAUAAGCAAUGCAGAUUAUUGGCUUAUUAUAUACAAUAAAGAAAAGAAAAUGCUAA